AUGAGACUUGUGGCUCUGGCUGUGGUGUGCGGGCUCAUUGUGGCUCAGGAGGGACGAAGUGUGGACACAGCUCUGACGGGAUUUGACUCUUCACAGAGGACACGCACAACAGGGUCCGUCCUCUCGGCCCUCCGGAGGUCUGCAGGAGACUUUCUGACGGAAGAUGGCGCCCCGUGUAUGUCCCUCAGAGAGAACGAGGACCAGCGGCAGCUCCUGUGCAAAGACCGCCGCAGCAAAUUCAACAUCAACACGUUCGGGCUCCGCUUCGGGAAACGGUACAACGGCUACAUCUACAGGAGAGCUGUGAAAAGAGCCAGGAGAAAUAAACUCUCACCCCUUCUUCUAUUCUCGCGAGAAGUGGAGGUGCCUACCUGAAACAGAUGUGAGUUAUCCUCUGAGGACUUGUGUCCCAUUGGUGGAAUUCCAACAUGUGACAAGAGUC